AAGAGUCCCGACUCUCUGACCGAUCAUUAGCUUGCCGAGAAUUGCAGAGAGCCCGUCGUGUCUCUACCCGAGGCCGGAUGGUAAAAUCCAACCUCCAGCGGAUCCUAAACAGUCAUUGCUUUGCUCGCGAGAAAGAAGGAAAACAACAGUCUUUAACUACCAUGGAUUUGAGUAAUGGUAUUUGUGACAUGAUUGGGAAGCUGUCCCUGCACUGUAGUAGUACCCGCGGCCUGGGGCCUCUGUGGUGCUCCGAUGCCCCUCUCCCACCCCUGAAGAUCCCAGGUGGGCGAGGGAAUGGCACACGGGAUCACACUCCUUCAGCUCAGCCACUCCACUCAGAUCGAAAAUUGAGUGUAACGGAGGAGCCAGCAGGGAACGGUCGCCCUGGAAUACUCCACUUCCAAAGUCGUCCCACCGUUACCAGGACAAUACAAUGGGAUGCUGUCCUGAGCAGCGGUGCACUCUACGUGGAGAUACCUCUUGACCCGCUUCCUGAGGGCAGCAAGGAGAGCUUUGCCGCGCUCCUGGAGUAUGCUGAAGAACAUCUGAAAGUAGUUGCCGUGUUUGUCUGCUUUUACAAGAACAGAGAGGAUCGUGCUAAACUGGUGCGUACAUUCAGUUACCUGGGCUUUGAGAUUGUGAAACCGGGCCAUGCCCUCGUCCCGCCUCGACCUGAUGUCUUCUUCAUGGCCUACAAUUUUGACAGGGACUCCUCGGAUGAGGAGUAGCCCCCUUUGAGAGCCCCUCCACCCCCUGCUUACUUCCCGUUGUAUGUUUUUCCAUCCAAGCUUACUCAUAUAAAUCUGUCUGUGUUGAACCCUCGGCAGUAGCUCCCUGUAUGCAAGUGUUCAUCUCCCUCAUGCUUUUUGUGUUCAAGGGAAUAUGUAAGAUCUCCAUUUUCCACCAUCUGUUUUAUUCUACUGUUUUCAUCGAAGAUUAAUUGGUGUCACCUAUAAAAGGAAGGAACCUUUCUUUUGUUUUGGACUUACAAUCACAUUACAGUUGUCACAGCUAUUAAUUAAGUUCCGGUGUAAUUUCCACUUCUUGUCAAGUCAUUGAUUUUCUUAGUAUUUCCUUCUCCUGAUAGAAUAUGGUGGUGGAUUCUUCAUUUCUUGAAUGUACAAUAAAAAGGUCAUCAGGUUUACACUCGGGUACUCCAGCUUUCCUUUAUUUGGCUAAAGAAUGACUUUAAAUUUCUCUCAUUUCAGUGGGACGAGUUGUAUGUAGUAGCACUAAUAUCCUCUUAAAAGUAUUUGGAUUUUUUUUUUUUUGUUGAAAAAUUACUUUGAGUGAUGGCCCCAAUAAUUGGUACUUCAUAGCUGUAUAGUGAAAUCAUUUAGACUAGAGGCAGAGUGAGAAGAUGAAUGCUGCUGCAUGUCUGUCGGCGCUUCAGUUUCAAGUUAAAGAUCCUGCAGUGAGUAUUGGUACAACGUGAAAGGAAAGGAAAUUAUCCAAAGUGCUUUUGCUUCUGCCAUGUAUAUCUGACUAUUGUAGUAUUUUUUUUGUUUCGGAGGUUGAAAAAAAAAAUGUGAUGUUAUGAUUGGAUAUUUUUUUUAAUAGCAUUCCUUUUAACUUUGUUUUCAUGAUAGUGUUGAGUUUGUUGUUCACCUGCAUAGUGGUACCUGUUGUGCUUCUGUGAUAAUAAAACAAACAAAAACAA